GCGGCGAAGAAGAGGAAACUCAGCACCGAGCAAGUUAACCUCCUUGAGACGAGCUUCGGCAAUGAACAUAAGUUAGAGUCCGAGAGAAAAGAUCGACUGGCUUCCGAGCUCGGCCUUGACCCUCGCCAAGUUGCGGUUUGGUUUCAGAACAGAAGAGCUCGGUGGAAGAACAAGAAGCUCGAAGAGGAGUACACUAAGCUCAAAAAUGUUCAUGAAAGUACAGUCGUCGAAAAGUGCCGCCUAGAAUCUGAGGUACUGAAGUUGAAAGAGCAGUUGUCGGAGGCCGAGAAGGAAAUCCAACGGCUGGUAGAGCGAGUGGAGGGAGUGUCCAUCAGUAACAGUCCAAGUUCAUCUUUAUCGAUCAAUGCGAUGGACGCACAAGUGCCGUUUCUGGGAGACUUUGGAGUUGAAGGAUACGACGACGUAUUUUACAUGCCUGGCAUGGAGGGAUGGAUUAAUCUGUACAUGUAAAAAAAUAUGCCCCCACUAGUAGUUUGUAAAUAUAAUUAUAUAAAUGCCCUCUAACCUAAUUAAUCGUUUUUCUCUCCAUCUAUAUGUAUAUGAGUUAGUAUUUUAACCUGAAAAUUGAAAAUGUGUAUUAAUUA